AUGAAUAUCGCUCAUGAAGUAGAUUUACUGGUGGAGGAGAUUGAACGACUUGGCAGCAAAAAUGCUGAUGGUCAAACAACUGUAAAGUUUGGAGUGCUGUUCAAAGACGACCGCUGUGCCAACAUCUUCGAGGCAUUGGUGGGCACUUUGAGGGCCGCCAAGAAGAAGAAAAUUGUCAAGUUCGAGGGAGAGUUGCUUCUGCAGGGUGUCCACGAUAAUGUUGACAUUGUUCUACUUUAG